AUGAAUAUUAGCAAAAAGUUCGACCGCGCCUUCCAAUGGGCAGGCGAAAAGAUGGGCGGAGAGGCCAAGACGAGCAUGACAGACGACUUCAAGAUGCUCGAGACCGAGAUGGCACUCCGUUUCGAGGGCAUGGACCGGCUGCAGAGGUCGAUGAACCACUAUGUCAAGUGGAUGGGCCGGCGGGUCGAAUCUUCAGAAGACAAGGAGAAGAGCCUCCCGGUGGGAUACCUGGGACGCUCCAUGGUCGGCCACGGCGAGGAGUUCCAGGCGGAUUCCGAAUUUGGCAACUGCUUGAUCACGCUGGGCCGUGCCAAUGAGCGGGUGUCGGCGAUUCAAGAUGCCUUUGUCCACGAGGCGACCAACACAUGGCUUGAGUCGCUGGAAAGGUCCUUGGCCAUGAUGAAGGAGUACCAAAAUGCCCGCAAGAAGCUGGAGAACCGCCGCCUCAACUACGACGCAAGCAUCUCCAAGGUCCAAAAGUCCAAGCGCGACGACUUCCGCCUCGAAGAAGACCUCCGCUCGGCGAAAGCCAAGUAUGAAGAGUCGUCUGAGGACGUGUUGCGCCGCAUGCAAGACAUUCAAGAUGCGGAGGCCGACAGCGCCCGCGAUCUGACCCAGUUCCUGGACGCCGAGCUCGAGUACCAUGAGCGGUGCGCGGAAGAGCUCCGCCGCGUCCGCCAGACAUGGCCCGGUACGCCGUCGUCGCGAAGCUACAGCCCCGUGGAACGCCGCCCGACCGUCCGCACCCGCUCCAACACCGCCCACAGCCUCGGUCUUUCCCGUAUCAACACCCACGAGAGCGACGUUGCAAAUGCCGCAGCACCCCCUGUCCGCAUGCCGAUCCGUACCUCCAGCACUCGGAUGUCUCCCUACUCCCACCAGGCUGACGGCCCCAUUCCUACCCGCCCGUCCAUUAGCAGAACCAACACCACGGGCGCCAGCUUCCAAGGCGGGGCCACACUUGCGCGUGAGCGCGGUACUAGCGUCAGCAGCGGCACCGGUACCCCAACACCCAUGACCAGCACCAACAUCAGCUCUCUCCGGGGCCAACUUCGGCCCGUGAGCCGGGCGCCACCUCCGCGGGAUAGCGGUGUCAACGUGUUUGCGGAUAACGAUUUCUCUGAUGACAGCGCCAGUGCCAGCGAUACUGGGAGCCCAGGGCGAAGCAUGGCCAGCUCGACGACCAGUUUGAGCCGGACGUCGAGCCACACCAACUACGCUCCGAGUAGCGGUAAUGGGUUUGGACUGGGCGGGUUCGGGUCGGUCAAGAAGGCGCCUCCGCCGCCGCCACCGAGCAGGUCGAAGAAGCCCGCCCCGCCGGUGCCGGCGAGAAGGGAGCUUGGAUAUUAA